GCCGGAAGUGAUACCCUGGCUGGCUGGUGCCUUGGCGUGAGCGUCAGGUGAAGGAGGGAAGAAGGAAGUGCACGAGUCGUAUGGAAAAUCCUGAAGAUUAGAUUGUAAGAAAAGAAAAUAGAAGCCAUGUUUCGAAGACCUGUAUUACAGGUGCUUCAUCAGUUUGUAAGACAUGAGUCUGAAAUAUCCAGCAGUUUGGUUCUGGAAAGAUCUUUGAAUCGUGUGCAGUUACUUGGGAGAGUGGGUCAGGACCCUGUCAUGAGACAGGUCGAAGGAAAAAACCCAGUCACAAUAUUUUCUCUAGCAACAAAUGAGAUGUGGCGAUCAGGGGACAGUGAAGUAUACCAAAUGGGUGAUGUCAGUCAAAAGACAACAUGGCACAGAAUAUCAGUGUUCCGGCCAGGCCUUAGAGAUGUAGCGUAUCAGUAUGUGAAAAAGGGGUCUCGAAUUUAUGUGGAAGGGAAAGUAGACUAUGGUGAAUACAUGGACAAAAACAAUGUAAGGCGACAAGCAACGACAAUCAUAGCUGAUUUCCUUUCUCUUGGCUCUAGAGUUCAUGUCUUAACUACUGUACACAUAGAUAACAUUAUAUUUCUGAGUGACCAGACAAAAGAAAAGGCAUAAGAAGGGAUGAGUCUUCUUUGACCGUUGUUUGACUUGAAGGCAAGGACUGACUCUUCUCUGUGUACGUGGACCUUAAGUAGUGCUUGGCACAGAAGAACCACUUAGUAGAUGCUGCCAGAUGAAUCAUCCCAAUGGGACAUUGAGCUUUAGUCCAAAUUGAAAGAGUGUGCUAAACAGUGGUUAGUGUCUAACCUAAACUGCUUCAAGACUAACCUACCUUCACAUCAUUUGUUUCUGGGAAGUUCCUGUAUAGCAUUUAUGAGACAUGGUUUAUCAGCAAUAAAGACCUGAAUUAUAACUGGAGAUGAAAUAGUUCAUCUCCAGGUUCUUUGGUUCCAUUAUUCUCUAUUUUGCUAAGUCCCUCUUGGUUAUCCUUUUCAAAGUCUUUCCAGAAUUCUCUCGGGGUAGGGAUAAGCGUCUCUUUUUAAAAAAGUUUUACUUAUUUAUUCAUUUAAGUAUGUUUGUAUGUUUGUAUGUGGUGCUGGGGAUCAAACCCAGGGCCUCAACCAUGCUAGGCAAGUGUUCUACCACUGAGCUACGCCCCCAACCCAAGAAUCUUCUUAACACCCCUGACAUUGCUUUUCUAGGCAACCUCACAUAUUGCAUUUUUUCCCCCUACAUUGUGUCUUGCUGCAUACAUAUACACAAACACAUA